AUGUUGGCAAUGUUUGUUUGGUUUUGCUUGGUGCUGUGUUUGGUGUUAAUAGCUUUUAGAGUGGCAUUACUUCAAUUCGAUCAGUCAUUCUUUAAUAAUAAUAUUCAAUUUCACACAACUCCAUUGAUACAUUCAUCUUCAAUUAGAUCAUCAGCAAAAACAUUGAUAAGGAGGAAUUUGGAAGGUAGCAAUUCACAGAAGAGAUUACCACUUUCAUCUUCAUUGGAAAUUCGACCUCAGCUUGAUAAGUCAACGUUGGAUUUCUCAAAGAAAUCAUCAAUAGCAACACUUGAUGAUUUGGAAAAGUUUGUCAAUUCGCCACUGCAGGUGAAUCCUCGUCAAGUGGAGAGAGCAUUUGCUGCCUUUCUGUCAGUUUCGUCUAAUGACAGAAAAGCUUUCGAUUACAUGAUUGGAGUUUUAUCUCUUUUUCAGAGUAUCAAGAUGAAUACACAAGACAUUCAACAAAAUCCAUUCAUUCUCGUCCUAGUUCCACCAAGAAUGAAUGUUGAAAAGUCAUCAGUCGAAAAGACACUAUACUUUAUGGAACAAAUUGUAAAUAAUUUAAGUGAACAAGAUCGACAAUAUUUUCACUUUUUCAUUGCUAGAUAUAUUGACAAUCCAACGAAUGGCAAGCACUCAGCUUCAAAUUCAGUAGAGAGGAGAUACAUGGACACGUUCAAUAAGAUUCACAUGUGGAGAUUGGAUGAAUUUGGUUACAAAAAGGUUAUCUAUUUGGAUGCGGAUGUGGUGAUUCUGAGACCAGAGAUUGAUCAUUUGUUUAAAUGUGGACACUUUUGUGCUGUUAGUGAUUUGUGUGUACCAGAUUAUUUCAAUGGUGGAUUGAUGGUUUUGAAACCUGAUACGAAAGUUUUUCUUGACAUGAAGGAGAAAAUGGGAUUGAAAGAAUAUCAGAGUUAUGAUGGUGGAGAACAGGGUUUUAUUAACAAGUACUUUAAUUUUCAGAAGGAUAGCAAGUUUUGGCCUUUGGAAAAGCUUGCAAGAGAAUCUGAAUUGGCCAAUCCUGUGGGUGGUUCAAUUGACUUGCAAGAAAGUGUCAAGGAUGAUGUUUACAGACUUCCAUUCAAUUACAAUGGUCAAGUUCCUUUGAUUUUCAUCUCAAAAUUAGGUUGGAACAAAAAGUUUGGUGACAAAUUCGUGGCUGUUCACAUAACUCUUCCUCUGAAACCCUGGGAAUUUAUUUCCUUUCCAAUAUUUGAUGUUUCUUAUUAUUGGUAUGCUUACUUUAGAUUUACAAAUGUUUAUAGAACCUUUCCAUGGACCCUCUUCACUGUUAAUAUCAUGCUGGUUUUGAGUGGUUUUGUAAUUCUUGACAGAGUGUUGAAUAGUAAGAGAAAGCUCACUUCAAUAUAUGGCAUGCAGUGGAUGGUGUCAUCUAUUGAAGAUAGAAUUAACAAGUUGAGUGGAAUGAAUGAUAGUAGAGAAUCCAUGUUUACAACAAUGGUAUUGAAUUUCGUCCCAAUAUUUCUCAUAAUCCCAACAACUGUAAUUCCUGUCAUUAUCUACAUGACUCAGUUAUUUGUACAACAUUAUGAUCCACACAUGAUUUGGUUGAACUUGAUUAUUAGUGUUGGCGCUGGUGCUUUCAUUGCAUUGGGGUUGUUUUCAUUGCUGGUUUCGUCUUGCACUCCCUCGAAUAUUUCCUUAAUGAAAUCACCUUCCACAAUUGUUGAUUAUGAACAAUUAGAGAAUAGACUUGGAGUUUCCAAUGGCACUGGAUUGAAUUAUUGUUUUUGGAUUAUGAUAUUUGUGAGCUAUAUGUUUUUAGGAUUCUUUUCACUCUUCUUGCUUCCAUCAUUCCUGUUUGGUUAUAUUUCCAUCAACAUUGCAUGCACAAUAUUGUACAGUACCAUCUUGUUGGCAUUGGUGAUAUUUAAGGUUAUUACUCCAUUGGCUAACCAGGUAAUUUUGCAUUCUAUCCGUGGAGGAGAUUUGUCAGUCAAGAAGUCUUGUGAAAUUGAUGAUAGGAAUGAAAAGCAACUAUUGGCUCAAUCUUCCAGUGCAUAA